CUCGCUUUACAGUCGAUUUCGACAAUGGUUCGAAAAGUUUUGGAAAGAGACGGAUAGGACCAAAGAAAGUAUGUAAAACGCGCCGCUCGCUAGAUUCGUAAGUUUCCCGAAGAUUUCUAAAGAAUGCUCGGGAAAUGACGUACUUCCGCUAAGGUUGUAGGUCCGAGGUCAUUGGCCCUGAACUGAGGAUACACGCUGCAGUUCACUUUGAUCUCGGCAGUUAUCGCGAGUGGAAGUCAGUUGAUCGCGUUUAGAAUUCUUUUUAAAAAAACUUAGAGUUUUGAAACGGUAAUAUAAGUGGCGAAUAUUAAGAUUCCGAAGCUUAUUUCAUUUAUUUUUAUUUCCCAGCUAGUGCCAAUAUAGCUGGUAAGAAUAGGGCUAGAUUAACAGUGCGUGUUUUUAACUAAAAUCCAGGUAAAGUCGUGCUAAAUCUUGAACCAUUCACCGUGCGUGUGCUAACCAUUAUGCCGUAUGGCCAUACAUAGUUUCGCCCUACAAUCAGCUAACGAGGCCUUCCACUAUACGUCAACCGGAAUUGCCGAAGAUCAGCGGAAGAACCAACGGGACGCCAGCGACAGCCGCCACCCACGCUAUCGUUCACGCCACGGUUCAAACCAUCCGACCAACAUCCAAUUCUGCCAAGCUACCAGGGGAGCAGAAUCAGCCAGCAGCAUUUGUUCUGCCAGCCAUCCGUCUACGUCACACUCCAUCCCAGCUUACCAUCAAUCACCGAGAGCGAAUCGCCGCCGGUCGGCUACGUCAUCGUUCGAUCAGCCGAGAGCCGGAGUCCGCGGACUGCGAUACAUCGACCACGCUGUACUCUCUAUAUGGUGCAGCGUGGGGUUUUCUUAGCGUCCAUGAAAGACGCCACUGAAAUUUGCGCAUAUUAAAAAUCAUG